GAGAAGGUGCGGGAGAUGCCUCAGAGCACCCAGAAGACCGAGCCCGUGAGCAUCCUGCAGCCGCAGACCACCGUCAACCCCGACCGCAUCAAACAGGCCAAGCUGAUCGUCCCCAACAGCACAGCGGGGUUGAUCAUCGGUAAAGGUGGAGCCACAGUCAAGGCAGUGAUGGAGCAGUCUGGGGCGUGGGUUCAACUAUCCCAGAAGCCAGAGGGCAUCAACCUGCAGGAGCGCGUGGUCACCAUCAGCGGGGAGCCCGAGCAGAACCGCAAAGCCGUGGAGAUCAUCGUCCAGAAGAUCCAGGAGGAUCCGCAGAGCUCCUCCUGCCUCAACAUCUCCUACUCCAACAUCACAGGGCCGGUCGCCAACUCCAACCCCACCGGCUCCCCGUACGCCAACUCCACCGAGGUCAUGCCGUCUGCGGCGGCGGCUGCGGCAGCUACAGCCUCCUCUCUGCUCGGCCAGGCCGGCCUGGCAGGCGUGGGGGCUUUCCCGACCACCAUGUCCAGCCUCUCAGGCAACGACCUGCUGACCAUCACCUCCGCCCUCAACACUCUGGCCAGUUACGGCUACAACACCAACUCCCUGGGCCUGGGGCUGAACCCCGCCGCAGCCUCAGGGGUGCUAGCAGCCGUAGCAGCUAACGCCAAUCCAGCAGCAGCCGCCGCAGCUAAUUUGUUGGCGUCCUAUGCCAGUGAUGCAUCAGGAAACGUUCACCAAGCCAGUAUGCAAGGCUUCUCCCUGGGAUCCCUGGCAGCCGCUACAGGGGCCACCAACGGCUACUUAAGUGCAUCGCCACUGGUUGCAUCAUCACUACUGGCCGCGGAGAAGCUAGGAGAAGGAGCAAAGGAGGUGGUCGAGAUCGCCGUGCCAGAAAACCUGGUGGGAGCCAUCUUGGGGAAAGGAGGGAAGACGCUUGUGGAGUACCAGGAGCUGACCGGCGCCAGGAUCCAGAUCUCCAAGAAAGGCGAGUUCAUCCCCGGAACUCGGAACAGGAAGGUGACCAUCACGGGUUCUCAGCCCGCCACGCAGGCCGCACAGUACCUGAUCAGCCAGCGAAUCACCUACGAGCAGGGGGUACGCGCCACCAACCCACAGAAGGUGGGCUAAACCUGACAGCCAAUGAGAAACGAGGAGGAAAAGAGGAAAAAAAAGAGUGGGGGCUUGGGGGAGGAGUGUAAAAAAAGUGAGAGUGAGAAUGGAAAAAGGAGAGGAGAGCAAGAAUGUCGGAAGGAAACGUCCGCGCCAUUUUCUUCUGCGUGUUUUCAGUAUUUCUUUAUUAAAAAAAAGUUUUGACGCGGAGCAAAAAUGUGCCGAGAAGACGAGGAAGGAGAGGAGCGAGUUAUCACGCUGAAAAACCAAGAAAAAAAUGUGUAAAAUGUAAAUAAGGUUUUAUUACUUAACGUCUUGACCUUUCGGGAUUUUUUAUUGUUUUGUUUGUUUGUUUUGUUUUUUUUCUUUGUUUUUGUUUUGUUUUGGUAAAUUAAGCUGUUUGUUCGUUUGUGUAUUUUGUGGACAAAGCUGAAUGCCAUGUAGACAGGCCGACUGCCUGAGAGGCUACAGGAAGUGGGGGGAGGGA